AUGGUGUCCAGGGAAGCCCCGGAGCCUGCCCAGUGCCUGUGCCCCCUGCUGCCCGGCCCCAAUGCCAAGGAUGUGCUUCGGAGAAAGCACAAGCGGAAGAGCCGGCAGCACCAGCGGUUCAUGGCCCGCAAGGCCUUGCUGCAGGAGCAGGGGCUGCGGAGCUCAACCCCGGAGCCAGCAUCCUCCCGACCGCCCGUGCCACCGGAGGCACCGCCAGGCACCGAGGCCCGCGCCAGCCUCGGGGGGCAGGGCCCCAGGGCUGACUCUGGAGGUGCCCCGUGCCGCAGAAAGCCCUCCCCCAGGGAGCCCGCGGGGCCCUGGCCUAGCAGAUGCGUGGCUAUCGACUGCGAGAUGGUGGGCACCGGACCCUGCGGGCGGGUGAGCGAGCUGGCCCGCUGCUCCGUGGUGAGUUACCAUGGCGACGUCCUCUACGACAAGUACAUCCGGCCCGAGAUGCCCGUCGUGGACUACCGCACCCGCUGGAGCGGCAUCACUCGGCAGCACAUGCGCAAGGCCAUCCCCUUCCAGGUAGCCCAGAAAGAGAUCCUCAAGCUCCUCAAGGGCAAGGUGGUGGUGGGACACGCCCUGCACAACGACUUCAAGGCCCUCAAGUACGUGCACCCUCGGAGCCAGACCCGGGACACCACCUACGUCCCCAGCCUCCUCAGCCAGCCCGGCCUGCACACCCGCGCCCGCGUCUCGCUUAAGGAGCUGGCCCAGCAGCUGCUGCACAAGAAAAUCCAGGUGGGCCAACACGGACACUCGUCCGUGGAAGACGCCGUGACGGCCAUGGAGCUGUACCGGCUGGUGGAGGGGCCGUGGGAGCAGGAGGCCGGCCGCCUCUGGACGCGCCCCGAGGACAGGGAGCCCGACAGCAGCCCGGACGUGGAGCAGUACAUGCAGGACCAGUACUGGCCCGAGGACCUGGGCCCGGGCGCCGGCGGGGCGCAGGGGCAGACGCAGGACCGGAGGGCGUGA